UAUUUUAUUAUCAGUGAACACCAAUACGCAGUCAGCUGCAUUGUUUAUUAUUGUAAAAUAAUAAACUCAAAUACAUUGUGCGUGAGUGUCAAUAUUGUGUUACCGAAAUUAAAUUGUGUUAAAAUAUUCGCUUAAUCCUAAUAAUAGGAUUAAGUUGAAGUGUAAUCAUUUAAAAUUUGGUGGGUUUCGCAGUAAUUCCCGAUCGUUCUAUUGGAAAAGAGAACAAACACAGCAGUAAACUAUUGUACAUCAUCAACUUAAAGUGAAUUGGAUAUAAGCCUCUCUGAAGCUUCACCAUAAGAACAAUGGACGAAGAAACAUCACAAUAAUGACCUGAACACCAACAAAUAUUAAUUCACUGUGAUUUAAUUUAAAUUUAAGUCAAAGAUCUCCCUAAUUUAAGCAUAAAUGAUCACAGUUAUAAAGGAGGGAUAAUUUACCAAAAAUGCCUGCGAUUUUGACAAAGAUUCGAGAGCAGGCGUCGAGGGUUCAGCCCUCGAUAGCUUUGGGGGUGGGAGUGGGGGUGGCGCUAGCUGCCUGCGCUGUCUAUGGUACCAGGGAUAAGAAACAAACUCCGCCGUGCAACAAUAAUAAUAAUUAUAAGGUGACGAAAAACGGCAAGCUUCACUCGCCGGAGAAUGGUGCGGCUACCGGCGACACCUGCGGCGGCCGCUGCGGCGCCGAGCAGUGCGCGCUGUGCCGCGGCGACGCCGACACUGAUAAUAAGCAGAAUAUUGAAGAUGCAGAUGAAACACAAUCAGUGGAGGAAUACGUGCCAGGUUUGAACCUGGAGUUCCUCCGGCAGCUGAUCUCGUUGGCCAGGAUCAUGGUGCCAGGAGUGAGGAGUCACGAGGUGGCGCUACUGUCUGCUCACACGCUGUGCCUGUUCACAAGGACCUUCCUGUCUAUUUAUGUAGCUUCUUUAGAAGGAUCUAUUGUGAAACACAUAGUCCAAAAGGACAUGCGACGCUUCGCAGCGCUCCUACUCCAAUGGUUCGGCAUAGCUGUUCCGGCUACCUUCAUAAAUUCCAUGAUCAGAUACCUGGAGAGCAGACUAGCUCUCGCCUUCAGGACCCGGCUGGUCAACCAUGCUUAUGACUUGUACUUCAAGAACCAGACUUACUAUAGGGUUGCCAAUUUAGAUGCUAGGAUUGAAAAUGCUGAUCAUAGGUUAACAGAAGACGUGUCAGUGUUCACGCAAUCGGUGGCACACCUGUACAGCUCGUUGACGAAGCCGUGCUUCGACCUGCUCCUCAUCGUGCUGACCCUCGCCACCUACUCCAAUAAGAUGAAGGGCAAUAUCUUUAUUGGACCCAGCAUAGCCACAGUAGUGAUCUGCAUGACCGGGCAGCUACUCCGACUACUCAGUCCAAGGUUCGGUGCUUUAGCCGGGGAGGAGGCGCGCAUGAAGGCCAACUUGAGGCACGUGCAUGCACGAUUGAUUGCCCAUGCUGAGGAGGUGGCUUUCUAUGGUGGACAUAAGGUGGAACUAGGCCAGCUCCAAGCAGCCUACAAGGAGCUAGUAGCCCAGAUGACGUCGGUCUUCAACAAGAAGCUCUGGUACGUGAUGCUGGAGCAGUUCUGCAUGAAGUACGUCUGGUCAGGGACGGGGAUGGUCAUGUUGGCACUGCCUAUUCUGACGGCCACGCAUUCUCAGAGAGAUGGAAGCAGUAUAAGUGACCGCGCGGAGUACAUGACGACGUCUAGGAAUCUGCUCAACUCGGCCGCCGACGCUAUCGAACGGCUCAUGUCCAGUUAUAAGGAAAUAGUGACACUAGCAGGCUACGCGACCCGAGUAUCGGACAUGCUGGUGGUGUUCGGCGAAGUGGCGCGAGGCCAGUGCGUGCGCAGCGUGCACGUCACGGCGCCGCACGCCGCCUUCCAGGUCACCUUCCGCGACAACCGACCCGUGCCGCAAGGUAAAAUUAUCUACACGAGCGACCACUCUAUCCGACUGCGCGGAGUGCCCGUGGUGACGCCGGCGUGUGACGUGGUGUGCGGCGGCGUCACGCUCCACAUCCAGCCCGGGACACAUCUGCUGAUAGUGGGGCCUAAUGGAUGCGGGAAGUCUAGUUUAUUCCGCAUAAUCUCCGGCUUAUGGCCGGUGUUCGGCGGCGAGCUGCACGUGCCGCGGCCCUGCGCCUGCGCACACUGCGCAGAUGAUACCAACUUCAACGAUACCGGCUCUUGUACUUCUAGGCCUAUCAUGUUCUAUAUACCGCAGAGGCCAUACAUGUCAAUGGGCUCUCUAAUAGACCAAGUAACCUACCCCUCGCGGGCCAAAGAAGGCGACGUCGCCGCAGAACGUCGUGCCGCACAUAUACUGAAGCUCGUCCGCCUCGACGCCGCCGCCGCCAGGCACGGCGGGCUCUGGGCCGUGCGGGACUGGCGGGCCACGCUGUCCGGCGGGGAGAAGCAGAGGAUGGCCAUGGCCCGGAUGUUCUACCACAGGCCUGUAUACGCGUUACUAGACGAGUGCACUAGCGCCGUCUCCAUGGAGACGGAGGUUGUUAUGUACGAAGAAGCCGUUAAGGAAGGCAUCACGUUGCUCUCCAUCACACACAGGCCUAGUGUCUGGAAAUACCACACUCACGUACUAGAAUUCGACGGCGCCGGCAACUGGUCGUACCGCCCCCUGGACAGCGACGCCGCCCCCAGCACUCUGCCCCCGCGAGCGCUGCCCGCCCCCACUACACCCACUGAUGGGGAGGCUACUGAACACUGACACAUGCCUGCACCCCAGGGGUAUGGGUAGUAGAAACUGAAAUAAUAGAAAACUAUAUUUAGGGGGGCGUUUAGACCAAACAAACAAAAAAAUACAGUAUUUUUAGGCCAGGUUUCACUAGUUACUGUUAAAUUGUCAGUUAGUUAUCCGAUAGUUAGUGCUAUCUGCCAGAUAAGGCCCCUGAUAGGCUAUCAGGCUAUCAAUACCCGCCUCUGAUGGGGAGGCUACUGAACACUGACACAUGCCUGCACCCCAGGGGUAAGGGAUCAAGCUCUUUUUAGGGAUUUGGACUUGAAAAUGGUUAAAUAGCUAGUAAGGAGCGCUUUUUGACCAAAAUAACUAGAUUUUUUUUUCGCAAAAUGUUUUCCCUAUGAUGUUUAAAAGUUCAAGAAUGUCAUUGUUGUAUCAAAUUUGCUAACUAGAGAUCUCUUGUAAGCAAGACACAAUGUUUUAUACAGAACAUGAUUUCGUUGUUCGCUCUAAAAUAAUUACAUAAUACAAAUAAGAACAUAAAGUGAACAUUUGCUCGUUUGGUUUAAACGCACCCUUAUAUAAUAUGUGCAGGUUUCUGAAACAAAUAAGUACUAUACGAAAGCUACAUAAUAUAUGUAGGUCUUGAAAAGUGGUGUUAUACACAUAGGUACUUUAUAUAAGUCACUUGGUAUGUAAAAAUAAUGUGAAGCUUACUGGGAUCCAAGCUAGUAAAAAAUGUAGGAUGAAAAUUGAACCUUAAAUAUUUUGUUUAGAGUCAAAAAUUGCAUGUAUUUGUUUGAUCGAUUAAAUGUAAAUUCAACUUAUUAUAGGUUCUCAGUAAACUAGCUCAUAUAAGCUAUGAAAGUCAGACCAAUUUAUACUAAACUAAAUGCAUUUCAUUUUCAACCUUAUUUCAAUAGCAUAAAUCAUACUAUACGUUACCACACUACUAUAUUCUAAACUUAUAUGAUUAUGUCUCGAUACCUUAAAUCUGGCUAGUUAUAUGACCUAGAAGAAAUAUAAUCUGGGAUUAGUAAAACUGUGAUUGAUGCAAUUAAUCAAUUUAUAUAAACAAAGGACCUUAUAGAAGGCAUAUUCAAUUUCCUUAUUUAUGCAAUAAAUGGCAGCUGUUUGAAAAAUAAUUUAUCUCGAAACAAAAAAAAACAACUAAACCAUUUGUUUUUAUAAAUACCAAAUAAAGGUUGAUUGCAAUUUAAAUAAAGCACAUGAAGUUGAUCAGAUUAGUAUAAUAAACCUAUCGGACAUGAAGAACCAUCACUUUUAAAAGUGGCCACUUUUAAAAUUUAAUAGUAUUGGCAACUAUUUAGUACAUAAGUCUUAUUGACCAAAUACAGACCACAAUUAAUAUUCUAAAUAACUCCGUAGAUACACAAUAGUAGCUAUAUUUCAAUUUACACUUAUAUAAAAAACGGUGAAAAUUUUGAAAGCACUUUUAGUAGGAAAAUACAUUUUAAAUAUUCUGCAGCUAAGAUAGGAAAAAUUAGACUCGAUCCAAGUUUUAUAGAAUAAAAAUAAAUAAAAACACUUCCUAAUAUGUACAGUUUGGGUAUAAAUACUAUAUCAAGACUAUGGUAAAAUCAAGAUCAGUACAUAUGUUUCAUCUCAGGAGAACGGGUGAUAAAAUAUUUAUAAAAGGGAUGUACAUAAUAUGAAGUGUAUAAGGGUAGGACUGACAUACUACAAAGUACUUUUUAAAGGUUUGUGUAAAUACUUACAGCCUUACUACAAAAAAUUUAACAUCUGUUGAGCACUUUUCAAAAAAAAAGUGUGGCUGCAAAACGGAUCGUAUUUCAACGUCAUAAUCUCUAAUUUUUUUCAGACAAGUUUUCAACAAACGUUUAAAAGAUUUUGUGGUACGACGGUUACAAUCGACUACAUAAAUGUGAAAUUUUGUUUUGUCAGUCUCUUUGUCGUACUUUCAAGCUAAAAUGGCUCUACUAAUAAAGAUGAAAUUGGUGUGAAGUGCGAGUUAAACUGUUAGAAGCACCUAGUUGUGUGAUAACUGUCAAUAUGUCAUUUUAAUGGUAAAAAAAGUCUUUAAGACUAAUUUGUAAUUUAAAUACUACUUCUAUGGAUUACCUAUGGUAUGAAGAAAGAAUUUAAAUGGUGAUUAGAACACGGCUUUUAAAAAUCCGUCUUAUAAGGUUUUUUAUUUAAACAAAAACCAAGUUUUAAAUAAUGGCAGACUUUUAAAGCCGUUUUAAAGUAUUUUAAAUCAAUUUUAAUUUGAUGGAUUUGAAAAAAUGGUUUUGGAACGUCUGAGAUUUUAAACAAAUACAUUCCUUAUUAUGAGAUUUUAAAUUUUAUAUGAAAAUAGUUGUAAUAUAGCGCAUUUUAACUAGUAGUUUAAAGGACAAUGCUCAUGAAGUAUGA